AUGUACUACGUUGUUGACCGUUUCGGACGCAGAAAAAUGCUUAUGGGAGGAGCUGCUGUGAUGGCCAUUGCAAUGUGGUUCAUCGGUGCAUAUAUCAAAAUCGCAAACCAUGUUGCAGAUACUGUCGGUCUGUCUGCUGAAGGCUACGCGGCAGUCACCUUCAUCUACAUCUUUGCGGUCGGUUUCUGCUUCUCCCAUGCCGGGGUUCCA